AUGGGGAAUGGGGGUGGCUCUUGGGGAGACACCAAAUUAACCGUCCUCCUAAUCGGGGUGGUAUCGGCCGCGCUCGUGGUGACGAUCUACCACUGCAUAUCCGUUGGCUGGUGCAGGCGGCACUUGGGCAAUAACCGGCCUCAGCGGCUACGCGUUCUUGUCACCGAGGCCUUUGAGACGCCGAGCAGCAUCGAGAACUCGGCCAUUCAUCUGGUUCCGACCCACAAGUAUCAGAAAGGCGACAAGAUAGUGGGCGAGGAUGGCAUUUGUGCGAUAUGCUUGAGCGAAUACGAAGAGGGAGAGGAGCUGCGCAUCUUGCCGGAGUGCAUGCACUCGUUCCACGUGCCGUGCAUCGACAUGUGGCUGUACUCGCACUCGAGCUGCCCGAUGUGCCGCUCCGAUGCCACCCCCUCGCCGCAGAUAAUCCCGAUGAGGAGGCUCGGCUCGGCCGGCAGCGAGGAGGCGGAUCAAGAAGUCACCGUUACAUUGGAAGGCAUCGUUGUACAAUCCCAUCAAGUACUGUGA